GUUGUGCUGUAGAAGGUUGCUAGGUGGGGUGGGUAUGGUGGUGGGUUUGGUGGCUAGGGCAAGGGAAUGGAAAAGUCUAGGGGGUGAGGAAUCAUGUUAGAGCAAAAAUGGGUAAAGUCAAUAAUGAAAGAGGGUAAAGGAAAUGAUUGAUUGUGACAAACAAACAACAUCAAAGAUAAUGGGGUAUGUUCAUUCCCUUUCCUUUUUAUUAUUAUGCCCAACCAAACAACCCUUUACAAUCCAAAUCCACCGUUAAAUUAGUUGCUAACUUCCAACUUCCCACUACUUGAAAAUUAAAAAAAAUCUUCUUCAAUUCUUCAAAUUUUCCAGAAAUAAAAAUGGCUACUACUGCUACUGUUGCUUCUUCUCUUUCUUAUCAUCUCUUCGACAUUCAUUCGUACUCCCGCCAUUUCAGUAAUCACCUGCAAAUCUCUCCAUUCUCCCGCGCAAUUCCUUUCUUCAAUUCCAAUUUUUCCAAUCGAAACCCUAAAUCCCCUUUUCGUUUUCGAGCUCUUCCCAAAUCCAAAGACCCCAAAUCUUCAACUCCUCCUCCUUCAAAUUCAUCUUCUUCUAACUCUAAUUUACAAUCACCUCCACUUCUUCGCUUCAGAGAUGCAGUUAAAUUGGAUGAUCUUGGUCGGGAGAUAUUGUCGAUUGCAUUGCCUACUCUUUUGUCUUUAGCUGCUGACCCCAUCACUUCUCUUGUUGAUACUGCUUUUGUUGGUCAUUUGGGGUCAACUGAAUUAGCAGCAGUUGGGGUGUCAGUAUCAGUGUUUAACUUGGUAUCAAAAUUGUUUAAUGUCCCGUUGCUGAAUGUUACAACGUCCUUUGUUGCUGAAGAGCAGGCAUUAGUCAGUAUGCAGAAUGAAACAUCUAAUCAAGCUGGCCAAGAUUAUGAAGAAAGGAAAAAAGUCCUUCCUUCAGUGUCUUCAUCUUUAGUUCUUGCUGCUGGCCUUGGUGUUGCCGAAGCUGUGGCACUUUCAGCUGGAUCGGGAACUCUAAUGAAUAUUAUGGGUAUAUCUGUUGAUUCACCCAUGCGUCAGCCAGCAGAGGAAUUCCUAACGAUGAGGGCUUUUGGUGCUCCUCCUAUUGUCAUUGCACUUGCUGCACAGGGUACUUUCCGAGGACUUAAAGAUACGAAGACACCAUUGUAUGCCAUAGGAGUUGGAAACUUACUCAAUGCAAUUCUAGAUCCAAUCUUGAUAUUUUUCUUUAGCUUUGGUAUUGGUGGUGCUGCAACCGCCACCGUGAUCUCUGAAUAUGUGAUAGCCUUCAUCCUACUCUGGAAGUUGAAUAUAGACGUAUCUCUGACUUCUCCAAGUAUUGAUGGUGGAAGAUUUAUCCAAUAUCUUAAAUCAGGAGGGCUCUUGAUUGGAAGGACCUUAUCAGUCCUUGUGCCCAUGACAUUAGCCACAUCUUUGGCUGCGAGGGAAGGUCCCAUACCAACAGCUGGAUAUCAAAUUUGCUUAGAAGUUUGGCUGACGAUAUCAUUGUUGACUGAUGCUUUGGCACUUGCUGGACAGGCUCUUCUAGCUGGCGAUUACUCCCAAGGUAAUUAUGUGCAGGCUCGCCAGGUUGUACAUAGAGUGUUGCAGAUAGGCUUUAUAGUUGGAAUGGGUUUGGCUGUCAUGUUAUUCCUUGGUUAUGGAGUGCUUCUAAACUUAUUUACCUCUGAUGCAGAAGUCAUGAAAGUUGCCUGGUCUGGUGUCUUGUUUGUUGCUGGAUCACAACCGGUCAAUGCAAUUGCAUUUGUUCUUGAUGGGCUCUACUAUGGUGUUUCAGACUUUGAGUAUGCUGCCUACUCUACGGUUGUAGCUGCAGUGAUCUCAUCAAUUAUUAUGCUACUUGUUGCUCCUGGUAAUGGUCUCCUUGGGGUUUGGACAGGGCUGUUUCUGUUCAUGAGCUUGCGUGUAGUUGCUGGAUGUUGGAGGUUGGGGACAAGGAGCGGACCAUGGAUCAGUGUUUGGUCUGAAACAGAUUAGAAGAAUUGCAGAUCCUUGAUCCCAUGCCAGCAUAAAGUCAGAAUCAAACACAUAUUGGUACUUUCAAGCCCUGUUGGAAGAUACUUCUGGAUUUCGUUAGCAGCAUGGCUUCUGGAGGGAUUGAGAGAUGAAGCCAUGGCAAUGUGAUUUGCUGCAGCGAUUUCACAGUUUAAUGUUGCUGGAGUUGGCAAUAUGCGAGCUUCCAUUGAUUAAACAGCGUAACACAGUUCCAACUCACAAUUAUUAAGGUGCAUACAUCUGUAACUUUUGACUGCUACCUGGAACUGCACAUAAUUGCUAUUCUGCUAUUACUUGUAAAUACUGACUGAAAAGUAUCAUCUUGAUAAUACCCUUAUUUGCUUUGCUCAUUUUUUUUCCUGUUUUCCUUGAUGUAAUCUGCAGUUUACUGAAUGUAUGACUUUUAACAUAUUCUCAGUGACCAUACAGCUGAAGCAAAAAAAAAAAACAAUUGUUGUAAAAUGCAAUGAUAAAAUUAUAGUGCAAUAUAAA